AUAAAUAUAUAAAAUAAAAAGAAACCUGGAAGAGAAGAGAAAAGAAGUGUUUGGAAGGAUUGUGAGUGUAACCGCAUGAGCUCCAAUUGAUGACAUUCACGCCAACGGCCGUGGAGUGACCCAGUGAGGGACUCAUUUCUUGCUUUAGCUUUCUCUCACCGCAGCCAAACACAGCCUUCUGCCAUGGAUUCCAUUCCCUUUCGCGAUGGCAACAUACACGCGAUUCUUGACUCUCGAUAUCUCAACUCGCCACUGGAUGUUAAUCACACUUUGCAGACUCAUUCCUCUCUCAUUCGGAGGCUUUCUCAAGAAAGGGAGUUAGAGGGCCACCUUGGCUGUGUCAAUGCGGUGGCUUGGAAUUCGAAAGGUACAAUGUUGAUAUCCGGAUCAGAUGAUACUCGGAUCAAUAUUUGGAGCUAUUCUGGUAGAAAACUUCUACAUUCAAUUGAUACAGGACAUACAGCAAAUAUAUUCUGUACUAAGUUUAUACCAGAAACUUCUGAUGAGCUUGUAGCCUCUGGAGCCGGAGAUGCUGAAGUCCGUUUAUUUAACUUGUCUCGCCUAAGUGGAAGUGGAUCUAGCGACAAUUCAAUCAUUGCUCCAUCUGCACUUUACCAAUGCCAUGCUCGAAGAGUCAAGAAAUUGGCUGUUGAAAAUGGCAACCCUAAUGUAGUUUGGAGUGCUAGUGAAGAUGGGACCUUGAGACAACAUGAUUUUCGGGAAGGUACCUCUUGUCCUCCAGCUGGGUCUUCACACCAAGAGUGUCGAAAUAUUCUUCUUGACUUACGAAGUGGUUCUAAAAGAUCACUUGGUGAUCCUCCUAAACAAGUCCUUUCUUUAAAGUCUUGUGAUAUUAGUUCAACUAGGCCGCAUUUGCUCCUUGUUGGUGGGAGUGAUGCCUUUGCACGGUUAUAUGAUAGAAGGAUGCUGCCACCUCUAAGCUCAUGUCGAAAAAGAAUGUCUCCUCCUCCUUGUGUUAAUUAUUUUUGUCCAAUGCAUCUUUCUGAUCGUGGACAUCCAAGCUUACACUUAACUCAUGUUACAUUCAGUCCUGAUGGACAUGAGGUUCUCCUCAGCUAUAGUGGAGAGCAUGCUUACCUGAUGAAUGUAAAUCAUGCUGGAAUGAAUGAGAUGCAAUAUACUUCAGGUGACGUAUCAAAGAUGAUGACUUACUCUCCUAUAGUUAAUGGGAUAGAGUUGCAGUCUUGUGUGUCUAAUGUCUUCCCAAACGGGUUUCCUAUUAAAAAGAACAUUGCUGCAAAGCUUGACAAGUGCAGGAAACUGAUAAAAUAUGCUAAGAAAUCAUUGGACAAUGGGAUACCCUAUUAUGGAAUCGAGGCAUGUAAUGAGGUUUUGAAUGGCUAUAGCCAUAUCAUUGGGUCUGCGCUUAAACAUGAAUGCUUGUGCACUCGUGCUGCACUAUUGAUCAAGAGGGAUUGGAAAAACGAUGCUCAUAUGGCUAUAAGAGACUGCUAUGCUGCUAGAAAAAUUGAUAAUUCCUCCUAUAAAGCACUAUUCUACAUGUCAGAAGCACUGUCACAGUUGGGUAGACAUGAAGAUGCUUUGGAUUUUGCUGUUGCUUCCCAUUCACUGGCCCCACUCAAAUCUGAAGUUGCAGAGAGAGUAGAGAAUGUGAAGAAGGAUAUUGCGUUAGCUGAAGCUGAAAAAAAUAGCAAGGCCAAUGAUGGUGCAUCAAGGUCUGACAUUCGAGGUGGAAGAAUAUUAUCAUUAAGUGACAUACUCUAUCGCCCCGAGGCUAAUGGUGAUGUUCCACAAGAUGGUUCUAGAUCAGACAGGGAUGAUUCUGAUUAUGAUGAGGAAUUGGAGCUGGACUUUGAAACAUCAAUAUCUGGUGACGAGGCACAAGAUCUUGAUUCAAAUAUUCUUCAUGGAAGUUUAAAUGUUAGAAUUCACCGAAGAGGUGACUCUAGAGACAAUGCAGGUGCUAGUGGCCCAAGCGAUUCACCUUCAUCUUCGUCACAGAGCAGUAGAACAUGUUAUUUGCCUGAACCAGCUGUUGAUAUGAAACAGAGAUUUAUUGGCCAUUGCAAUAUUGGGACGGACAUAAAACAGGCCAAUUUUCUUGGUCAAAGAGGAGAAUAUGUUGCCAGUGGAAGUGAUGAUGGCAGAUGGUUUAUUUGGGAAAAGCGUACUGGUAGACUUAUAAAAAUUCUAAAUGGUGAUGGAUCUGGCCCUUUGAGCUUUUGGAACCAUUUAGAAUGCACGACUUUCCUGAGGGUUCGUUACGCUUGCGUCCAUUUGAAUGUGCUCAAAGCUAAAGGUUUGCUAAUUUUCGUUUGCUGGACAAAUUUCUUUGUAUUGGGCCUGAUAUGGAACCGUGGGGCUCGUGUGUUUGUAUUUGACUGGAAUACGAGUAAGCUUUAAUCCUUAGUACCUUUGUACUACAAUGAUUGUAGGGUACUCUAUUCAGUUGACUGGUAAGUGUUGACAUCGAUGGGGAUCAGUGAUCGAUGGUAAAGCCAGGCAUUUUACGGAUGCGCUGGGUAAUUUGGAGAGUUGAAAAUAAAUCCUUUGAUUUUGCUCAGAAGGUAUACUGUAUUUAUUUCCUGGACUGUUGAUGGUUCCGAAAAAAACAAAAAGAAAAUGGAAAGAGUUGUAAAAAUUGACAUUGUAAUGGUAGCUGGUUGGUACAGUCUGUACAGUUAAAGGUGGUCUCUCAUUUUAAACAUUGCAUUUUAUUAGAUUUAAUAUCUGUAUAGUAAAAUGAUCUGGUGAAAUAUUGACUUUUUACUCA